UCAACUUUCGCUUCUCCACACAUACAUACCCUCACUGCUUAUACUUCUUUCUCUCAUUCCUCAUUUUCUCACGUUAUCUCCUUCUUCACCGGUGUUCCUACCGGAAAAAUCAACAAUGGACGUUCGCCGGCGACCUGUCAAGCCUUUUUACUCUUCCAAAGAUGACGUUUCCGCCGGCGAACCUCUCAAACCCCACAAACAAAUCCAACAAGUUUCCUCUCCCAAAGCAUCUGAUGCCCUUCCACUCCCAUUGUAUCUCACCAAUGGUUUAUUUUUCACCAUGUUUUUCUCUGUCAUGUAUUUCCUUCUCGUCAGGUGGCGUGAGAAGAUCCGUAAUUCGACGCCUCUCCAUAUGGUCACCUUUUCUGAAUUGGUCGCUAUGGUUUCGUUGAUCGCUUCUGUUAUAUAUCUGUUGGGCUUUUUCGGGAUCGGAUUUGUUCAGUCUUUUGUCUCAAGGUCCAACAGUUAUUCCUGGGAUGUUGAAGAUGAGAAUACUGAGCAGUUUAUUAUUGAGGAAGAUAGCCGACGUGGACCAUGUGCUGCUGCGACGACUCUCGGCUGUACUGCUGUUCCUCCACCGCCUGUUCGACAAAUUGUCCCAAUGGUUCCACAGCAACCUGCUAAGGUAGCUUUAUCCGUUGCGGAGAAGCCUGCACCUAUAAUUACACCAGCAGUAUCCGAGAAUGACGAGGAGAUUGUACAAUCUGUGGUCCAGGGGAAAACACCGUCUUAUUCUUUGGAAUCGAAGCUUGGUGAUUGCAAACGAGCAGCUUCUGUUCGUAGAGAGGCGUUGCAGAGGAUUACAGGGAAGUCAUUGGAAGGGCUACCGUUGGAGGGAUUUGAUUAUGAAUCUAUCCUUGGGCAGUGCUGUGAGAUGCCUGUAGGAUACGUACAGAUACCCGUGGGAAUUGCGGGGCCAUUGUUGCUUGAUGGAAGAGAGUAUUCGGUGCCAAUGGCGACGACGGAAGGAUGUUUAGUGGCUAGCACCAACAGGGGUUGCAAGGCGAUCUUUGCUUCUGGUGGCGCCACAAGUGUGUUGCUCAGAGAUGGGAUGACUAGAGCUCCUGUGGUCAGGUUCGCCACUGCAAAAAGGGCUGCGGAUUUGAAGUUCUUCGUGGAGGAUCCCCUGAAUUUUGAGACUCUGUCACUUGUUUUCAACAAAUCAAGCAGAUUUGCCAGAUUACAGAGCAUUCAAUGUGCUAUAGCUGGUAAAAAUCUGUAUAUGAGAUUUAGCUGUAGCACUGGCGAUGCAAUGGGAAUGAACAUGGUGUCAAAAGGUGUACAAAACGUUCUGGAUUACCUUCAGAAUGAAUAUCCCGACAUGGACGUCAUCGGCAUAUCUGGGAACUUUUGCUCGGACAAGAAGCCAGCAGCAGUUAACUGGAUUGAAGGGAGAGGAAAAUCGGUAGUUUGCGAGGCAAUUAUCAAGGAAGAAGUGGUGAAGAAAGUCUUGAAAACAGAGGUUGCUUCUCUAGUGGAGCUGAACGUGCUUAAGAACCUUACUGGUUCAGCCAUGGCUGGUGCCCUUGGUGGCUUCAAUGCCCAUGCCAGUAACAUCGUCUCCGCUGUAUAUCUAGCCACUGGCCAGGACCCUGCUCAGAAUGUUGAGAGUUCUCACUGCAUCACUAUGAUGGAGGCUGUAAAUGAUGGCAAAGACCUCCAUAUUUCAGUAACUAUGCCUUCUAUUGAGGUUGGCACAGUUGGUGGUGGAACUCAACUUGCAUCACAGUCAGCUUGCUUGAACUUAUUAGGAGUGAAAGGUGCAAACAGGGAGGCAGCAGGGUCAAAUGCAAGGCUCUUGGCCACAAUAGUAGCAGGUUCUGUUCUUGCUGGUGAGCUCUCUCUCAUGUCUGCUAUCUCAGCAGGGCAGCUGGUUAAGAGUCACAUGAAAUACAAUAGAUCUAGCAAAGAUGUUACUAAGGCAUCCUCUUAGUGAGGAAAAAGUCAAAUUUAUUAUCCCCACAUCGUGUACAUCACCAUCCUUUAAGAACCAUCAUUAUUAAAGAAAUGGAUUAUAAUAAAAGUAGGAAUAAAAUUUUCCAAUUAGGGAAGGAGUAAGUAAAGGGCAGACCAAAAAGUUGAACAAGUGUUGAUACAGGAAGGCAAUAGUCAUGUGGAGAAAGAUCGGGAAGAAAAAGACAAGCAAAUCAAGGGUGGAUCUGUAUGUAGUGUUGUAUUCUUUCUAUGAAGGCAUGUGAGGAGGUGGGGUCGUAAUUUUUCUUAGUUUGUGUAAAAAACCUGCAAAUAUUUAGUGAAGAUCUAUGAAAGGUGUUAGGUGGAUGGUGACCAGUGGGGUUAAUUUGUAAUUCAAUAUUUGGUUAAUUUCAUUCAUGCGCCAAAGAAGACGACCUUUUUUUUUUGGAAUCUUUUCUGUUGUACUGUCUUUCGUUUGUUUGUUAAUUUGUGACUAGUUUGUAAUUUAGGGAGAAUUGGCAUCUCAAACUCUUUAUGUUUGCUCAGAAAGUUUGCUUUUGUAUAUGAAAUUCUUUCUUCUUUAUUCUA